GCAAUUGCACCGUGAAUAUAUUUAUUUUAAAACUAUAGCUGUAAAUAAAGGUCGAGUAUUGAGCUCCGGCAAUUUUUGCUGUAUUUAAAGUUUCUAGUCUGGCAAUUUUUUGACACCAGUCACUCACACGCGUAUUUUUUAAAAGGAGACUUGGAAAAGGGAUUCGAGAUGUGACAGAUCACUCUUCUGUGACCAGUCCCUGACAAGUUUUUUUUAAAGGAGAGCUACAAAAUGCUUCGAGAUCUCUUACAUAACAAAACAUGAAUGUCCUACUACAACAUUAAAAUAUGGUAAAAAAUGCCGUAUGUAUACACUACGGCAAAUAAAAGGCAUAAUUUUUAUAUAGAUUAAUUUUUUAAGAAUCAUCAAAUUCAAAGGAGGCAGUCAAAAUGAAGUUUGCAGAGCAUCUUUCUGCUCAUAUCACUCCCGAAUGGAGGAAGCAAUACAUCAGCUACGAGGAAAUGAAGGCAAUGCUUUAUAGAGCAGUGGAAGAAGCACCAUCAGCUGAAAGCGUUGAAUCAGAAGUGAUAACAAGACAUUUUGCUUCCUUCGACGAAAUAUUUUUCACUUUUUGUGAUCAGGAACUCAAAAAAAUUAACACUUUUUAUUCCGAGAAGUUGGCAGAGGCGACUCGCAAAUAUGCAGCACUGCAAAGCGAAUUGAAAACCGCGUUGGAGGUGCAACAAGGCGGAGGAAAACACAAAGGAAAACCAAAUUCAAAGCCUCAGCUGCCAACGAGAAAAAUGCGGGAACUCAAGCUAGCGUUUUCAGAAUUUUACCUGUCCCUUAUCCUUCUUCAAAAUUACCAAAACCUAAAUUACACUGGUUUUCGCAAGAUCCUCAAAAAACACGACAAGCUUCUCUCCGUGGAUACUGGAUCAAAAUGGAGAAUGGAAUGCGUCGAAAUAGCACACUUUUAUACUUCAAAGGAUAUCGAUAAACUUAUUCAAGACACUGAGGCUUCAGUAACGAAUGGACUCGAAGGUGGAGAUCGUCAACGUGCCAUGAAAAGACUUAGAGUUCCGCCACUUGGUGAACAUCAAAGUCCUUGGACUACUUUUAAAGUUGGAUUAUUUUCUGGCAGCUUCAUUGUUCUUUUCGUUACGGUCAUUCUCUCAGCAAUUUUCCAUGAUGGUGGAGAUAACUUGAAAAUAGCCUUCCGCUUAUAUCGCGGACCAUUGCUUAUUAUUCAAUUCCUUUUUCUCAUUGGUGUCAACGUUUAUGGCUGGAGAUCAUCUGGAGUUAAUCAUGUAUUAAUUUUCGAACUCGAUCCUCGAAAUCAUCUCUCUGAACAACAUCUAAUGGAAUUGGCAGCUGUACUUGGUGUCGUUUGGACACUUAGCAUUUUAAGUUUCCUUUACAGUGCCAGCUUAAGUAUACCACCUUAUGUAAAUCCUCUCGCCCUUGUCGGAAUUAUGAUGGCGUUUCUUUUAAAUCCAUUUAGAAUGUUUCGACAUGAAGCUCGAUUUUGGUUGCUCCGUAUUAUGUGGAGAGUAGUAAUUGCUCCUUUCGCCUUCGUAAACUUUGCCGAUUUCUGGCUGGCAGAUCAGUUAAACAGUCUUGUCACGGCCCUUCUUGACUUCCAAUUUUUAACUUGUUUUUACAUAACGAAUGGAAAUUGGCUCGAAGCUGGAGAUACGAAACAAUGCACUUCUGGCUCCCUUAUUAUUAGACCCAUCGUCAAUUGUUUACCUGCCUGGUUUCGCUUUGCUCAAUGCAUUCGCCGGUAUCGUGAUUCAAAGGAAGCUUUUCCUCAUCUCUGGAAUGCUGGAAAAUAUUCUACUACCUUUCUUGUCGUCAUAGCGACAGCUUUACGAUUAUAUCACGAAGAAAAUUAUGAAAAUCAAUGGGAGAGCCCGUGGCUUUGGUUUUGGAUUGGAAGUUGCGUUUUAAAUUCUAUUUAUUCAUAUACUUGGGAUAUCAAAAUGGAUUGGGGUCUUCUUGAUAGCAAUGCUGGAGAAAAUAGAUUUUUACGAGAAGAAGUGGUUUAUUCAGCUGCUAGUUUUUAUUACUUCGCUAUAAUAGAAGACUUCGUAAUUAGAUUUUCGUGGGUCGCCACUUACAUCCUUCACGAUUACUUUAAUGUUUCAAACGACUUAUUAAUGUCAGUCGUAGCGCCCCUUGAAGUUUUCAGGCGUUUCAUAUGGAAUUUUUUCCGGUUGGAGAACGAACAUCUGAACAAUUGCGGUAAGUUCAGAGCUGUAAGAGACAUUUCGAUCGCACCAAUAGAGAGUUCCGAUCAGACGCAAAUUUUGCGCAUGAUGGACGAUGAAAACGGAGUCGUUAACCGCGGUAAACGCAAAGGUGGUGGUAAUAAAAAGGGCAACCAAAAAGAUGACAAACGUAUGCUACUUAAAGAUGAAACCAUCGACAUCGACGUAUCAAAUGCUAGUUGAAGAACAUUUGUUACGAUUAUGCCUUAUCGUUUUGAGCUCAGUACUGAGUUAGCGUACUCUAAAUUUAAAACUUUACAGUGCCUUCUUAAAAUCAAUUUGUUGAAAUUACUUUCUUACUAUUACUGAUCGUUAUAAAUCGUUAUGUAAAAAGAAUGCUAUAUUGUUUAUUCGAAUAUAAUGUUCCUUAAAAUAAUAUUUUAAAUGAGUUCGAAGCAGAUUGACAUCACAAUCACCCUACCGAAAAGAAUCUUUGUGUAUAUACUAAAAAUUCUUUAGGUCAAAGAAGCUCAGAGAAAUUCUCCGCAGACACUCUGGUAGAUAUCUUUAAAGGUCCA